UUGAAUCUGGUUCGGAAUUUAUUUCUGAAGAAGAAAUUCGAAGUCACGAUAUAAACAAAAAAUCAAAUGAUGUUCGUUUACUUGCCAAUGGUCGUCAUCCAAUAACUGUUGUUUCUGAUAAAACAUCCAGUGGUAUAAAAGAAAAUAUUGAAACAAACGUUCAGCGUAAUAUUACAAAGAACUUUUAUAUCAAUGAAGAGCAAAAUUAUUUUAUUCAAAAAGAACCAUUAAUUGAAACAUCAAAUCGUUUACAUGAUCAAGAGAUUCAAAGACUUCCGGGACCAACAGUAACAACAGUAAAUAUGGCAGCUGAACGAAUCACUGAUAAUCCAAAUUGGGAAAAUGUAAAUGUCAAAGAGGAUAUUGGUGAUCAAAAUCCGAAAAAAGCUUCUUCGGAAAUUGUUAUCAAUGAUCCAUCAUUAUUUGAACAAGAUGUUAAAUACGAAAAACAACCAAAUAUUUAUACUCAUCGACCAGUUUCUCCGGAUAUUCCACGUGUUCAAAAUAAAAAAUUAGGAAAACAAUCAUCUAUAAUAUCUGAUGAUGGCUCAACAACUAGUGAAAUGAGUGGACAUGAUUCAGAAUCAAUCUAUGAAACAAUUCGUGUAUUUACCCCAAGAAAACAACCUCUACCACCAUUAGCUGAUGAAGAUGAAUAUAAAACAGCUGGUGUUGAUGAAGUCGAAUUUGAAAUAAAAGACCUUGUUCGUUUACAACAGGCUAAUGCUCAAAAUAGUGGCGCCUAUAAUGAUAUUUUAUUAUCAAAGAGUAUGUCUCGUCAACAUCAUACACCUCUUGUAUCAUCUUUAUCAUCUUCAUCAACUCUAAAUAAUUUAAUGCCAACCAAUUCUCAACAAGAUCGACGGAAUGUUGUUUCAGGUGAAGAAGAAAAAGAAGAAACUGUUACAGAAACUGUUAAAACUCAACAAAUUCAAACAACAUUUCAUCAAAUUGGACAACAUCUUGAUGACAGUGCAUUUUUUAUUCCAUUGGCUUCAUCAAUAAAAUACCAUCAAGGACAACUAAAUGAUGAUAGAAAAAUUAUUAUACCCGUAUCCGCGUCAUCUGUGUCUCAAGAAGAAAAACCAGCAUUAGAACAUUUUUAA